CUCUGUAUUUCAUUCAGACAAAAUCCCAAACAGAUAAGAGGAUAACAAAACACCGUUAAGAAGGAAAGAUAAGGCUCUACCUUCAACAAUCUCCCACCCUCUCUCUCUCUAUUCUCCUUGAUGCCCUAAGCUACGCAAAACCCAUCUUUGCUUUGUCUCCAAUUCUUCUUCUUCCAUAUGGUAUCACUACUCUCUCAACCCACCUCCAUUCACACCCCAACCCACUCUCUCUUCUUCAACCCAAACCAACACCACCAUGUCCCUCCAUUCCAAUUCAAGCUCCGACCUAGCCGACUACAUCUCUCUGUAAAUUCAAUCGAAAAGAACAACUCUUUCUACACCAACAGUCAAAAUCAACCCAGAACGUCAUUUCCGGGUGGGUACAAGCGCCCGGAGAUUAAAGUACCCACUAUAGUCCUUCAGCUGAACUCCGAGGAGGUGUUGGACGAUAAUGGCGUUCUGGGUUUGAUCGAUGAGGCGGUUUCGAAGUGGGUUGGGAUUGUGGUGCUCAAUGGCGGUGAAGGAAGUGGUGGGAGGUUGUAUGAAGCUGCCCGGUUGUUGAAGUCGGUGAUUGGCGACCGGGCGUAUUUGAUGAUCGCCGAGCGUGUUGACAUUGCUGCUGCUGUUAAUGCCAGCGGGGUUGUUCUGUCUGACCAAGGCCUACCUGCAAUUGUGGCAAGGAAUACAAUGAUGGAUUCCAAAUCUGAAUCAGUAGUUCUCCCUUUGGUAGCAAGAAAUGUACAGACUUCAAAUGCUGCUUUAAGUGCAUCUAAUUCUGAAGGUGCUGAUUUUCUCAUAUACAGUAUUGGUGGAGAGAGAGUUGCUGAGGAAAUGGUGAACCCCGUUCUUGAGUUUGUGAAAAUUCCAGUUUUUAUCAUGAUGGCAUCACUUGGACAGGACACAUUAUUUAAUGAAGCAUCGAUAUUGCUCAAGUCAGGAGCUAGUGGUUUAGUGAUUUCAUUGGAAGAACUGAAGUUGUUCAGUGAUGAAGUUUUGAGCAAAUUGUUUUACUCUAUAUUUGCAUUGAAUAAGAGACCACAGAAAAAACCUCAAAGUUCUGACAAGCUCAAAAUGUUGGACGUGGAUAAUGGUUUUCCCAGGAAAAAGGGGUUUGCUGGCUUUGUUAAAUUGGAAGAUAGAGAACGACAGUUCAUAGAAAAAGAGAGAUUGGUAUUGCUUGAAGCGAUUAAUGUUAUCCAGAGAGCUGCACCACUGAUGGGGGAGGUCUCACUUCUCAUUGAUGCUGUUUCUCAACUCGAUGAGCCAUUUUUACUGGCUAUAGUGGGUGAAUUUAAUUCCGGCAAAUCUACUGUAAUUAAUGCACUUCUUGGGGAAAAAUACUUAAAAGAUGGUGUUAUUCCUACAACAAAUGAGAUAACUUUCUUACGUUAUUCUGAGUUGAAUUCUAAUGAGCAACAACGUUGUGAAAGGCAUCCAGAUGGUCAAUAUAUAUGCUACUUACCUGCUCCGAUUCUUAAAGAAAUGAAUAUCGUUGAUACGCCUGGAACUAAUGUGAUUCUUCAAAGGCAACAACGCCUGACUGAGGAAUUUGUGCCCCGUGCAGAUAUUCUUCUUUUUGUUGUUUCUGCCGAUCGCCCAUUAACUGAAAGUGAGGUUGGUUUUCUUCGUUACACUCAGCAGUGGAAGAAGAAAGUUGUUUUUGUUUUGAAUAAAUCAGACAUCUAUCGGAACGCCAAUGAGCUCGAGGAAGCUGUUGCAUUCAUCAAGGAAAAUACCCGGAAGUUGCUGAAUACCGAACAUGUGACUUUAUAUCCUGUAUCUGCACGAGCUGCUCUUGAAGCAAAACUUUCAGCUUCCUCUGAUGUUCAACAAGUAUAUGGAGAACUAUCUGUGACUGAUUCCUAUUGGAGAAUCAGUAGCUUCCAUGAACUUGAAAAGUUCUUGUAUAGCUUUUUAGAUGGGUCAACAAGUACAGGAAUUGAACGAAUGAAGCUUAAGCUUGAAACACCUAUUCGAAUUGCAGAGCAACUACUUUUUCGUUGUCAAAAGUUUGUGAGACAAGAGUGCCAUCUUGCCAAGCAGGACUGGACUUCACUGAAUGAACUAAUCAGUAGUGUAAAGGGGUAUGCAAUGAAGAUGGAAAGUGAAAGCAUUUCUCGGAAGAGACAAACCUUAUCAUUGAUUGAUUCUACACAAGCACGAGUCAUCAAGCUUAUAGAAUCAACUCUACAAUUAUCAAAUCUUGAUCUCGUGGCUUCAUAUGUUUUUAAAGGAGAGAAAUCUAACUCCAUGCCAGCCACCUCAAGCAUCCGAAAUGACAUUAUUGGUCCUGCACUUUCUGAUGCACAAAGACUACUAGAAGAAUAUGUGACUUGGUUACAAUCAAACAAUGCUCGUGAAGGCAGGCUGUACAAGGAAUCAUUUGAGAAGAGAUGGCCUUCACUUUUUGAUCCGCACAACAAGUUUCAAUGGGAGACCAGUGAGCUGCUGACAAGAAAAUAUGAUCUGAGCGUCAAAGUGAUAGAGAACUUUAGUGCUUCUGCUGCUUCCAAACUUUUUGAGCAAGAAAUUCGUGAAGUGUUCUUGGGAACUUUUGGUGGACUAGGAGCAGCUGGUAUGUCUGCAUCACUUCUGACAUCUGUGCUACCAACCACGUUAGAAGAUCUUCUUGCUCUUGGCCUUUGUUCUGCUGGCGGUUUAUUAGCAGUUUCGAAUUUCCCAGCCCGUAGGCAAAAGAUGGUGGAUAAAGUGAAAAGGACCGUUGAUGCCCUGUCACGUGAGCUUGAAGAGGCAAUGCAGAAGGAUCUCGGGGAGUCAAUCGAGAAUCUGGAGAACUUUGUAGAACUUAUAGGUAAGCCAUAUCUGGAUAUAGCACAACAAAGGCUAGACAAACUUUUGGACACUCAAGAUGAAUUAACAAAUAUCGAGAAAAAACUUGAAGCAUUGCAGAUCGAAAUCCAAAAUCUCCACGUAUCAUGAUAGUAUAUCACUUAAUACUAUCAUUUUUGGUGUUCGUUCUUCAGCAAUUGUUGCAAUAGGAAGGUCAGAUGUUGUACCAGCAUAGUGAUUAUGAUAUUUAUUUUUAUUCUUUAUGUAUAAUAAGGGUUGUGCAUGAAGAGCAGCUGUUGAAUGUGCUCGAGCAUUUGUGCAAUGCCUCCCUUUUCCAGAGAAUUUAUCCUGCUAUGUCUCAUCAAUAUGUUAUUGACAUAUAAUAAUUUUGUGUGCUUUAUUA